AUGAUUAUAACUCUUUCUAUUCGACCAAAUGCUUUUCGAUGGAUCAAUGAACCAUAUCGAUUAACGCAUUCAUCAAGUAAUAAAUCACAAGAUAGAAAAAGCCUAACACCAACAUCACGAUCACCAAAUGCUGAAAAAUAUCGUGUUCAACUCAAUGUAGCUGGUUUCAAUCCAGAAACAAUUAAAACAAAAGUUGACGGUAGAAAAGUAAUUGUUGAAGCUAAACAAGAAGAUCGUCAAUCUGAUGGCGAUUAUAAUAUUCGAGAACUACGAAAAACAUAUGAAUUACCUGAACAUGCUGAUUCUACACGUUUAGCUUCAUAUGUAACUCCAAAUAAUAUGCUUGUCAUUGAAGUACCUAUUCAUAAUCCAAAAGCAGAGCGAUGGGUUGCUCAAGCAAAGAAUGAUAAUCAAAGUUUAGCACAAUUUGGUCAAUAUCGUGAUCCUCUGUUUGAUUAUGUUGGAUUUUUGACUGGUUCAGAUUUUCAACCACAUGAAAUAAAAGUAUCAGUUAAAAAUAAUGAAUUAAUUAUUCAAGGUGAACGUCAACAUACAGAUAAGAAUCGUUCAGAACGAUUCUUCUUCUUUAAAUCCACAACAUUACCACCUGGUACACAAAUUGAUCAAUUACAAUCAAGUUUAACUGAUGAUGGACAAUUGAAAAUCGAAGCACCGUAUAUUGAACAAAAGGAAGCGACAAAAUCAAUUGAAAAUCAGAAGAAAUAA